CACUCUUUACCAAGCAAUCCCUGGGACCCUUCCUGACAUGACAGUGCUGUCUGCUGGACCAAGUUUGAGGAGCAUGAGACCACAGCCUGCCAUUGCCAAGGUAUUGCAUUGAUUGGAAGAAAUUACUCUGGUUGACUCUCUAAAUUUGGUCCAGUGCUGUCAUGUCAGUGUCCCCUUACUGUCACCAGAGAUUCUAAAGCAUUCAAUUGCUCCUGCUUUCCCCCAACUCCCAGUAAAAGAAACGGUAAUUUAAACUUUCUCCCUACUUGCACUCAGUUUUACCACAUGGAGAGCUUAAAGGUGUCACUAUCAUUGUCAUCUGCUAUUGCGAAUGGCACAGUCGAGCAGUGUGCCCGUCCACUAUGGAAGAAAUUAUGAAACCACGUGUGACUGCUACCCGGUUUAGUGAGGCAUGCCACGUGCGUGGGCUGUCAUCUCGCCAUGGCCUAGCCAUGAGAACGCUUAAAGGUGAGCGGCAAAACGAAACUAUGAGAAAGGGGCUUGAGCCAGAGGUUCUAUAGAACUACUCUGAAUUGUUUAAUGUCUCGGUCUAACCUCGUGGUUUCGUUGUGAACCCAGAUGCACCCCAUCUUGGGGCAUGCCCUGAUGGGAAAGUUUAUGACCCUUCUGCAGUGCCACCCUUCGGACUUGCCAAGAUCAAGUGCCCUGAUGUUGAGUGUAACUGAUGCGAAGCACAUUAACUUUGUCAAUGGCCUGGCCAAGCUCAAUCACAGCCACAAAUAUCACUGGCAAGUCCAGGGCCAACUGGCUGUAACCAGUUUAGAUUGAUGCGACUUUGUUACAAGCACUUGAAGUGAUAUUACAGUAGAGAGAGUUGAGAGAUGAUGCUUUGAUAGCAGAGAUGAGAUAAACUUUACUUCUACACCUACAUGGAUGUGUACUUUAAGAUGUAGUGUAGCAGGUGAGCCAAUCCCACUUGGCAGGCCACUGUAACAUUGUUGCCCAAGGAAAUGUACAUGUAAUGUAUUUAACUAAUCAAAAUUGUAUGUAGAGUAAAUUGUUUUAAUGAAUUAAUUGUGUGAUGUUUGUCUAUCCCGUGUGGCUCAGUUGGUUGAAUAUGACAUUUGCAAUGCUAGGAUUGUGGGUUUGAUUCCCACGGGACCAGUACGACGUGAAAGUACGGAAAUGUAUGCACUCACUACUGGAAGUCACUCUGGAUAAGAGCAUCUGCUAAAUGACUAAAAUGUAAAUGUAAGCAACAUUGCAAUAGAAUAAAUUAAAAUCUUCAAAUUAAAAAAGGAUGUUCUCUAAUAGAUUAAUGCAUUAUGCAAACAAUAAAUCCCAAAACACCCAUCUUAUUCAUAAAAAAGAUUUAUCAAUACAUAUCCAAUAUACAAAUUAUCCCAAAUUCAUAUCUUGUCUAAUAGAUCAAUUUAUAAUAAUCACACAAAAAAACAUGUACACGUAGGUAUAAAGCUGUUAUUUAUAAUGACCUAAUUAAUUGAACUUCAAUCAAUCAUUGAUUUGUAUUGUGCCUUGCCUUGCUUGAUCAUGUUUUCACACUUGCUUAUCAGCCUUGAGAUCCAGAGGGCCCUGGUAGUUCAUUAAGCAGCCGUUCGUCCACAGUUGAUUGACAGAGCCUUCCAGAAUGAUUGGGAGAAUCAUGUCCCAGAUAUGGUACCUCUUCACCCUCCUAAUGGCUCUUUCCACUAGCACUCCCAGACGUGAAAUGGCUUGCGUUCACUCGGUGUCCUUCCAUGUUAGCAGUUGCUCUUUUGAUUGAGGGAAGGAUGAGUGUUGCCCCCACAUCUGACAGCAUCCUAUCUAUGAUGUACCCCUUGUCUGCCGUGCAUCCAUCACCAGGCUCAAACAGCUUGAGGAUUCCAGAGAGACACGUGAUCUCCUGAUCAGAGAUGGAUCCAGUGAAAAGCUUGGUGCAAUCCAAAUCAGGCCCUUAAUGAAGGUGGUGUGGUUUUUGUAAGAUGAAAAAGUCUCCGACUGUAAUGUCAGAGAGGAGAGGUUGGCACAUCUCAGCUCUGUGCAGUCCAUGAUAACUCUGACCUCUGAACAGAACACCUUGAACUUGUCAGGCAUGGUAGCCUGCACCUGCUUCCUGGACACAGAGCCCAAGACAAGAUAUAGGUAGUUGGUCCAGGUUAUUUUAACGUAGCUCACUGUAGGGACACACACCAAAGAUGUACGCCAACACCUUCUCCUUCAGCCCAGCUGCUACUCGACAGCAGUAAAGCAAAAACUUGUCAAUGAGUGGGAGCUUUCUGUUGGGGCUUGGUGUUGUACUUCCCAUUCCAGCCUUCUGGGCCUAUAUUAACCUGGAGGCAGAGGGCGCAAUGGACUCCCAGAACACCAUCAAGACCUCUGAGUGGAACCGGGUAUAGAACCUGACGUCCUCAUUGGGUGCACAGAAUCUUUGGAGCUGGAGAUGGUGAACAGAGAGCUGUUGGACUUGGGGCUCUAGCUCCUUGAUUCAGUCCAGUGCAGCAUCAAACACACUUAUAGAAAAGAAAGGGGAAAUUUAUGUGGCAAAAUUUUGCUAUUAUUCAGUUUGAUUCUCAAUAUCAUGACACAGUAAACAAUCUCUUACUUAGUUUAGGUCUCAGGACAUAUGUAAUCAAUCAAGUAUGUUAUGGUAGUGCUAAGAAAUGUUGGUUCAAGGAACUAACGGGAGGGUGGCUUAAGUUGGAGAGCAGAGUGGGAAAGCAGAGAGCAUGCAAGCUGGCUAGCGAGUUAAUAGUUUUGUUAUUGUUAUUUAAAAUGCUGAUUACAGGUAAUGCAAUACCUGAACUAUAGCAACGGUUUGCAAAACUACAACUUGAAGGAUAUUGUCUACAAUCCACUUUGAGAGAGGCUUUCCCUGUAUCUCCAAAGCACACAAACAGCUGAUCAUUUACAUUUAAGUCAGAGUAAUGGAUCACCUGAGUCCGCUCCACGUACUCGUUUAGGGAUCUCACAGGACGCGUACAUCAACAUGAGCCCCAGAAGGCAUGGAGGUGGAUAAGGCUGUUGGCACCAUUUCCCUGUUCGCAGGACCUUUGGUAGGAAGGCGGGAUUAGGACGCAGGGUAACGCUCGCCUUACCCGGCCCUAAAUGAUAACAUUCAUUACUAACAGGCAAAGCAUGGAGCUCGCCAACCCUCUUGGUAGAGGCGAUGGCCACCAGAAACGCUGUCUUGAGAGAGAUGUUUCAAGUCUAUUGGUUGGAAGGGAGGUCUGGAUAGUACUCCAAGAACCAGAUUCAAAUCACAUUUGGGAACUGAGGGUGCUCUUGAGGGGUGUAAUCAACGGACUCCCUUAAGAAACCCGGCCAUGAGCGGGUGGCUGCCAAGCGGCCCAUCCUGCUCUUCAUCAUGACAUGCUGAAAUGGCUGCUACAUAUACCUUAUGUAUAUGCAGCCCUGCCAGUAUCAAACAAAGACCUAAAGAACUGGAACAAAGAUCUUAUGCCGCAAGAUUCUGGUGCAACCCCCUGCUCCGCACACCGCUGGCAGAACACGUCACCUCGUGUCAUAGGUUGACGUGGUGGAGGGGGCCCUGGCACUCUGUAAGAUGUUAACAACAGAGGGCUUAAGAUCUAAACUAGACCAUUUUCGCUGUUCAGCAGCCAGGCCCACAGCUGCAGGCGGAGGGAUUCGGAUGCCACAAUGUGCCCUCCGCCUGUGACAAUAGGCCCGGCCUCCGAGGUAGUUCCAAUGCUGUUCCCGCUAGGAGUGACAGUAUUGUGCUGAUCUUGUGGCGUCUCGGCCAUCUCGGGGCAAUCAGAAGGACCAUGUGGCUCGCUUCCCUGAUUCUGUCCAAAGUUGCUGGAAUCAGCGGGAUCGGGGGGGAAGGCAUAUAGCCUCUUUCUCAGCCACUCGUGGGCAAAGGCUUCUACACUGAGUGGUCCGGGGGGGGUUGGAUAUCAAGAACCAGAGGGGGCACUGUGGGUUCCUCUCUGAGCCAAACAGAUCCACCUCCGCUUCCCCAAAGAUUCCCCACAUGCAACUCACUAUUCUGGGAUGUAGUCGCCACUCCCCUUCCGGAGGGCCUUCCUUGGACAGUAUGUCCACCGUAAUGUGUUCAGAAUCCCUGGGAGGUGUACAACUCUUAUUGAGGCCAGAUUCUGUAGACAUAACAGAAGGAUAUGUGCCAUCUGGUGGAGGUGGAUGGAACCCAGAACCCCUUGGUGGUUUAUGUACUCUACCACUGUGGUGCUGUCUGUCUGAUCCAGCACAAUGUUUGUCCCCCAGUUGUGGGAGAAAGUUGAACAGAGUUAGUUGAACUGAUCUCAACUCCAGCAUGUUAAUGUGGAGUUUGGACCAGCUGGGGCUCCAUGUCCCACUGGCCGCCCUCCCCCACAAUACUGCUCCCCAGCCUGUCAAGGAGGCGUCUGUUUGAACCAGUUCCCUCCGAUGGACUCAGCCCAGGUAUAUCCCACCUGAAAGGAAAUCCAGGGAUCACCAUCUUGCCAAUGCUUGAGUACAUUCCUUGGACACAUACAGGUGACAAUACCUGUGUUCUAUGGAUAUCAGAAUAUAUUAGGGAAAAUCCAUUCACAAUCCCCAAAAAUGUAUGGAUGUAAGGAGCCAAACUCAACUGACACAUUGAGUAUGUUGACAUGCAGACAAAUACUUUGAUAUUAAACUGAUUAUGGCAAUAGGCAGAUUUUGCAAUAGUCAUGUCAACACCUUACUCUGCUGAUCUUAAUCGGCGUAAGAUAAAAAUUGAAGUAAGCAUAGGCCGAUUAAAACAGCUGGUUUUCUGAGCAAUCUUCAGAAUUUUUAGAACAUGUAAACACCUUAAUCGGCGUUCUAGCGGUGCAUUUGAUCUGCACAUGUGCUAGCACCAGCCGAGCAAGCCUCCGUCUUUAGCACAACUAUUUUAACUUGACUAGAGUAUAUUAUAUAAUGUUAAAGACAUACAUGUUGCCAUAUACAGUACAUAUGAACCUGUUAGCCAUUGAUAAAUGUUUUGGAGCCUUUUUGUAAAAAGGUGUUACAUUUUUUUGUGAGUAUCCUGCUUCCAUACUAGUCCAUCCGUGCCAUCAAUGAAGUAAAGUAUGAGAAGUCAGCCGAGGACUUUACCAACAUGGUGUUUGACAAGAUCGACAUCAAUGGAGAUGGUAAGAUUCCUCGCCUCAAUGUACAGGUUCCACAUUGUAUUAGUGCUACAGUGUUUACUUUUCAUGACUUUCAUGUAGAAAUGGUCAAUGUGACUAUCAAUAAGGUGUGUGUGUCUGUCAGGUGAGCUGUCCCUGGAGGAGUUCAUGGAGGCAUCCAGACUUAUGUCAAGUAUUAACGAGAGAGAGAGAUGUUUAUUUAUUUUCCCUUUUGUACUUUAACUAUUUGCAUAUCAUUACAACACUGUAUAUAGACAUACUAUGACAUUUUAGAUGUCUUUAUUCUUUUGGAACUUUUGUAAGUGUAAUGUUUACUGUAAAAAAAGGUAUUGUUUAUUUCACUUGCUUUGGCAAUGUAGACAUGUUUCCCAUGCCAAUAAAGCUCUUUAAUUGAAUUGAGAGAAAGGAUCCAUUGAUUAGACAAAGAUCACCUACAGCAAGUAAAGUAACGUAUUAGAGGUCUGGCUCUUUCUGUAGGCCUUCUUGCAAUGUUGAAAACUUGGCCCAGAGAGAGCGAGGGAUAACCAAAAUGUAUACCAAUCAUAUUAGUAUAUUUGAACAUUUUUGUCUGUUUCAUGAGCUGAACCCGUUAUCCUACAUGGGCGUAUCCAAAUGUUGCAUACAGUAAUGACUUCCUCAGUUGUCACCACAACUUUUGUAAAAGUGGGGUACUCAUCCAUGUCCAAUUGAAGUGCACUUGCUUGUAUAGAUGGUUAGUAUGUGUAGCACUGCUUUACCAAUCAGAAGUAAAUAACUAAUAUUACAUUUUGUCUAUGAACAAGCAUAUCAUAUGUGUGUAUGAUACAUCUGUUUGUACAAUUCUGUUGUCUGGAGUGAUUGCAUUCAUGAGGUAUUCUCUGAUUCUACCUCUGAAAUUAAACAGACAUACUGUGUGAGUGGCUUCAGUGACUUGACUUCAUCAUUAAUCUAGAUAAAAUGUGUUUGCAUAGUCUAUAGAUGGUUUUCAUGUUUUUAAGUAGCCUAUUUCUUAAUAGAAACACAAUCCAAUAUUUGGUUCCUGUGCUUCACUUUGCCCCUGUUUUUCGGUGAGAUUACACUUGUAUUUCUUUCCCCUUUCUGUAUCACCAUCUCAAAUUCUAAAGUACACAAUAGACGUGGUUUGGCGGCCCACCUCAAUUGCCUAUGAUGUCAGUGAAAUGUUUUGGCCCUGAACAAUCUGUUCCUUGUUUGGACAUUUCAAUGCCUUACAGAGAGACAGGAGCUUUGAGACUGUGCAGAGCAACAUCAAAAACAUGGGAUGUCCCAAACCUGCCACCUACCCUGAAAUAUGAAGAAAUGUAUCCUAUCAGUCAUUGGUUGAGACCACUGUAAUGACAUCUAAAGCUAAAUUGCAAAAUACCAAAAAAAAGUGUAUUAUAUAGACUUUACAUAUUUGAAUAAAGUAAAUAACACUUUUCAAUUGAAUGGCAAAAUGUGUUCUUUGUUAAUAAUGCCUUUUCAGUUGAAUUUUCAAUUGACAAUCAGUCUUAAAUCCUUAAUCUUGAAAACUCUCUCUCACACACACACACACACACUUGGGCUAUCUGAUCUCACUGGCCUAUAAAUAAAUGCACACGUAAGGAAUCUGGGAAACUUCAGGGAAGUCCUCAAGACAAGAGCGCCUCGUGCGGUGAAGAGUUCUCGCACGCACACAUUGGGAAAAGGCCCGUGGGCAGUUUCUGGGUGUGACUGCACCAUUAACAAGUAUGUAUAGUAGAAAUUAUCAUAAUGUACUUGUUACAAUGACAGUGUAAAUGCGUAAAGACGCACAGCGUGUGCUAAAUUAACAUUUUAAUUAGGCUAUAAUAAAAUGACUGACUGCGCUCCAAACUGCUUAUUUCAAAUUGCUUAUGAAAACAAACAUAAUUACAUCAUUUUACAGCAUAAUAGUCUUCAUGGUUUUUAUAUGGCUAAUUUAUUAAUAUUUAUUUAUUAUUCUAACAAAUAUUGUGGGUCAUUUGGUCAUCAUGGUCACAAGAAGGCUUCACCGAAAGUAAGCUGGGGGUUUUUCACAAGCUGGAAAGGUGUGCCGGGUGCCAAGAAUGAAACGUCUGUGACGUCACAGCUCUACCUGAGUUUCGGGAAGGGAGUCGAAAAGGGGUGGCCUGAACUGAUGGGGACAAGAUUAUCAGAAUUGUUCUCGCAUGAUAAGAAGUAUACGUGAGUCAUACAGUCUACUUUUACCUGGGUUGCUAAGGACAUACAAAUUCCAACGUUUUGGAGAAUAAUAUUUCCCUGAAAUUGAUUGAGGUUCUACUUUCUCCCGGAUAGAAAGUAGCCUACUUCCUGGUCACAUUCAACUGCAGUGGCCCCCUCCCCAGACUGUAAGCAUGGCGGUGACCCCGCGGCGUGUUCGGCUCAAGCCCUGGCUAGUGGCCCAGGUGGACAGUGGGCUCUACCCAGGUCUGGUGUGGAUCGAUCGGGACAACAAGCGCUUCAGGGUUCCCUGGAAACACGCUACGCGUCACACCCCCCAGCAUGAGGAAGAGAACACCAUCUUUAAGGCCUGGGCAGUGGAGACGGGAAAGUUCCAGGAGGGUAUUGAUGACCCUGACCCUGCCAAGUGGAAAGCCCAGCUCCGCUGUGCCCUCAACAAGAGCAGAGAGUUCAACCUUGUCUACGAUGGCACCAAAGAAGUCCCCAUGAACCCCCUGAAGAUCUACGAUGUCUGUGACAUCCCACAGCCCCUCAGUAACCCAGGAUCCUCAGACUCUGGGUCCUGGACGCCGAAUGACUGUGAUGAAGAUGAACCAGAUACUCCAGAGCCCCUUCCUCCUUAUCCAACAUCCAAUGGCACCAGCCCCACUCUAAUGUGGUCUCCUCCGGGGUCAGUAUCGCCCCUCCACCGCCCAUCAGUUAAAGUGUGGCCCAAAGAGGAGGUUAAGCUGUGGCCAAAAGAGGAGCCUUUGGAUGUGGAGAUGCAGCCCACCCCUGAGGAGAUGGCGCCCCCUCCUCCACUUGACAUGCCUUCCCCUCACAUGCCUGACAUGAUGUUCGCCUCCCCAGAGAUGUGGAUCAGCUCCUUGCCCAUGACAGACCUGGAGGUGCAGUUCCAGUACCGGGGUAAGGAGGUGUGUCCAGCCAUGACCGUCAGUAAUCCCCAGGGCUGCAGGCUGUUUUACGGGGACCUGGGCCCCAUGGUCAACCAGGAGGAGCUGUUUGGCCCUAUCAGCCUGGAGCAGCUGAGGUUCCCCUCUACCGAGCACAUCGCCAACGACAAGCAGAGGGUCUUCACCAACCGCCUGCUGGACGUCAUGGACCGAGGCCUCAUCCUGGAGGUCAGUGGCCAUGACAUCUAUGCCGUCCGCCUCUGCCAGUGCAAGGUGUACUGGUCAGGCCCCUGUGCACCCAACCCCAAUGCACCCAACCUCAUAGAGAGGCAGAGGAAGGUUAAGCUGUUCUGUCUGGAGUCGUUUCUCAGCGGUGUAAUAGCCCAUCAGAGGGGCCAGUCGGCCAGUCUUCCUCAGUUCGACAUCAACCUGUGCUUUGGAGAGGAGUGGCCUGACAGCAGACCCAGGGAGAGGAAGCUUAUCAUGGUGCAGAUCAUCCCUGUGGUAGCACGUAUGAUCACUGAGAUGUUCUCAGGUGACUGCAUGCGCUCCUUCGACAGCGGCAGCGUGCGCCUGCAGAUCUCCAUCCCGGACAUCAAGGACAACAUCGUUACCCACCUGAAGCAGCUGUACCGCCUGCUGCAGACCCACCAGGGCCAGGAGGGCUGGCCUCAGGCUCUGCCCCUGGGGGCUGGCACGAGCCUGCCCCAGGCCCUGCACGCCCAGUGAAGCUACCCAGUCCACCAUGGCCCUACCAGGCCAGUCAGUCUCAUACACAGCUCUGUCUGGACACGGUCUCCUUACUGCUGCCUCUACUGCUGGGUCAUGUGGGGACCUGUAGUCAGCAAGCUAGUACUUAUGUUUUAUAGAGGCGUGUUAAUCCGAAUAGGAAAAGGGAGAGGGAUUGCUUCAAUUGAGCCUUUUUCUGUUCUUUUGCUAUUAUGUUCUCUGAGAGGAGCCAUGUAUAUAUUGUGGUAAAUGCUGCUAACUACUACUGUGGCAGGCAGUAAAACAUGGUGUGAUAGUGUCUGUCUGCAGUUGUAAAGCCCUGUGGCCUCAAUAUGGACAGAACUAGAGGAGCAUUGGAUGGCAUUAUGAGCAAAAGUCCUGUCAGCUGCAAGGCAACAUUGAACAUAGUCAAUGAGUUACAGGCAUAACCCUUGACCCCAUGUUACACAAUACCAGUCAGUGAUCAAGCUGUGUCCUGGUCCUUGUUGUUCAUGUCAUUUUGUCUACUACCUUUUUUUUUUAACCCAUGAAGUAUAUGUUUGAGUGCUAAAGCUAGAUAUUUAUAUAUAUUUUUUCUUUUGGAGAAACAACAUGCAAGUGGUUAAUCCAUUAUGUGAACUUUUAUGAUACACACUUUAAUAGUUAUCUUUCCUUUUUAUUGGUUAUUAUACAUUUGUAUCUCAUCAUGACUGCUGAGAUCCAUUCUAACUGUUCCUGCAAGAUAUUUGAACAGUAUCCUAUACCCUUUACUUGUUUGUUUAUGCUAAUACUAAGAUCAGGUAAAGGUAGAUGAUUCGGUGAACCAAAUGGAUUGUUUAUUUUCUGAUAGACCUUAUCACCAUAUAUAGCCUCCAUUUAUAAUUUUAUGGCAUUUAAACCAUUUGUUUUGGUCCAUGAAAUUAGUAUAAGUGGUGUCGCUGCACUUUUGGGAGUAAAUGGAGCUUAAUGCUUAGAUAGAAUUUCAUUUUUCAAUAACUUUUAUUGUUCUAAUGAUUUGUAUUUUAUUUUUUGAAAAAUGCCCAUAACUAGGCAAGUGAUCUUUUUAUUUUAUUUUUGAAAAAUUAUGAAGCGAAUCAGCAAUGAAAUAUAUUCAGUAAUGAAAAGGGGUUUAAUUCAAAUUGACAAAAAGUUAUACCUGCAAGUGUUUUAUUCACUGGUAUUUUAUGUCAGUUUUACUGUCUAGUUAUAAAUGUGGUUGUGUGUCAACUAUACUGAGGCCAUAUGUAUUUGAUUAUUAUGAAAGGAUGAAACACGUACAGUGAGGGAAAAAAGUAUUUGAUCCCCUGCUGAUUUUGUACGUUUGCCCACUGAUAAAGAAAUGAUCAGUCUAUAAUUUUAAUGGUAGGUUUAUUUGAACAGUGAGAGACAGAAUAACAACAACAAAAAUCCAGAAAAACGCAUGUCAAAAAUGUGAUAAAUUGAUUUGCAUUUUAAUGAGGGAAAUAAGUAUUUGACCCCUCUGCAAAACAUGACUUAGUACUUGGUGGCGCAACCCUUGUUGGAAAUCACAGAGGUCAGUUGGCCACCAAGUUUGCACACAUCUCAGGAGGGAUUUUGUCCCACUCCUUUUUGCAGAUCUUCUCCAAGUCAUUGAGGUUUCGAGGCUGACGUUUGGCAACUCGAACCUUCAGCUCCCUCCACAGAUUUUCUAUGGGAUUAAGGUCUGGAGACUGGCUAGGCCACUCCAGGACCUUAAUGUGCUUCUUCUUGAGCCACUCCUUUGUUGCCUUUGCCGUGUGUUUUGGGUCAUUGUCAUGCUGGAAUACCCAUCCAUGACCCAUUUUCAAUGCCCUGGCUGAGGGAAGGAGGUUCUCACCCAAGAUUUGACAGUACAUGGCCCUGUCCAUCAUCCCUUUGAUGUGGUGAAGUUGUCCUGUCUCCUUAGCAGAAAAACACCCCCAAAGCAUAAUGUUUCCAUCUCCAUGUUUGACGGUGGGGAUGGAGUUCUUGGGGUCAUAGGCAGCAUUCCUCCUCCAAACACGGCGAGUUGAGUUGAUGCCAAAGAGCUCCAUUUUGGUGACUAUGGUCCCAGCUGCCUUGAGAUCAUUGACAAGAUCCUCCCGUGUAGUUCUGGGCUGAUUCCUCACCGUUCUCAUGAUCACUGCAACUCCACGAGGUGAGAUCUUGCAUGGAGCCCCAGGCCGAGGGAGAUUGACAGUUUUGUGUUUCUUCCAUUUGCGAAUAAUCGCACCAACUGUUGUCACCUUCUCACCAAGCUGCUUGGCGAUGGUCUUGUAGCCCAUUCCAGCCUUGUGUAGGUCUACAAUCUUGUCCCUGACAUCCUUGGAGAGCUCUUUGGUCUUGGCCAUGGUGGAGAGUUUGGAAUCUGAUUGAUUGAUUGCUUCUGUGGACAGGUGUCUUUUAUACAGGUGACAAACUGAGAUUAGGAGCACACUCUUAAAGGGAGUGCUCCUAAUCUCAGCUCGUUACCUGUAUAAAAGACACCUGUAUAAAAGACACCUAAACCUACCAUAAAAAUUAUAGACUGAUCAUUGCUUUGUCAGUGGGCAAAUGUACAAAAUCAGCAGGGGAUCAAAUACUUUUUUCCCUCACUGCAUGCAUGAACAUGAUGCAGUAACCAUAAAAUGCAUUAGAAAUACAUAUUUACUUCAAGAUUACAUUUUCAAUGGAUGAUAAAUAUCCUUCGCUAUAAUGUUGACUGAGCUAUACAGAAAACAUUAAAGUAAAAUGCAAUAAACAUAUUUCCCAAAACCCUCAGA